CGAUGGGCAUGCCGGUGGCGGGCCCUUCCGUAGUCGCGGCGACAGCGGUCGACGCUGUCGCCGCUGCUCCCGAGCCCGACAUGGCCCGGCUGCAGCGGGACGGCUUCCCGCCUGGCUUGGCGUUUGAGAUGCACAAGUCGUCGCAAGCCUUCCCGCUGCGCAUCUGGGUGGUGGACAACAGUGGCUCGAUGAAUGCGGGCGGCGGCUCGCGCAUCGUCAAGAGCGGUGGCAAGCUCGCCCGCGUCGGCGCCACCCGCUGGCAGGAGCUCGGAGACGCCGUGGUGAUGGCCGCCACCGUGAGCGAGACGCUGGGCGCACGGACUGACUUUCAGCUCCUCAACCCCACGCCCGCCGGCCAGACCUUCAGCGUCUGCGCGGGCGGAGGCAGCCACCUGCCCGUCCCCGCGGGCGUGGCUUGCGACGUCCCGAGGCUCAAGCAGGUGAUGGGCGACUCUCCGCGCGGCACCACGCCGCUCACCGAGGCGGUCGAGAAGAUCCUGGCCAACCUCUCGCCCGCCGCGGACAAGCUGCGAGCGCACGGCCAGCAAGUGGUUGUCGUGCUGGCGACCGACGGCCUGCCCAACGACGCCAGCUCCUUCCUCGCCGCGCUGCAGCGGCUGCAGCGGCUGCCCGUCUGGAUGGUGGUGCGGCUGUGCACGGACGAGGACUCCGUCGUCGACUACUGGUCGAACCUCGACCGCUCCCUCGAGGCGCCGCUCGAGGUGCUCGACGACCUCAAGGGCGAGGCGGAGGAGAUCGCGAAGGUGUCUCCCUGGAUCACGUACGGCCCGCCGCUGCACGCCGCGCGCGAGUUCGGCUGCCGCAACAAGCUCUUCGACCUGCUCGACGAGACGAGGCUGCUGCCAUCGCAGGCCAAGGACCUCGCCGAGCUGAUCCUCGGAUGCGGCCCGCUGCCCGAGCCCGAGGCGGACCCGGAGGCCUUCCUCGCCGCGCUGACUCGCGCGCAGGCCGAGGUGCCGGCUGUCUUCCACCCGAUCAAGGGGUCCGCCCAGCCAUGGUUCAACGUGCAGAAGUUCGGAAAGAUGCUCAAGGGAGGAGGGGGGGAGUGCGUCCUCUGCUGACCCGGUGCAGCCCUCGUGUGCCUGGACGAGAGCAGACGUCGCGACGAUGCAGACCCUUCCUGGGCCCCGCUGCCAGCCUUUCCGCACUCAGAGGCGGCCCCCGCUGGGUGAGGCGGCGUGGAACUUGUGGCUUCAUUUUCGCAUGUGGUUUGUGGUGCGCGCGAGGCGGUGUGGGCUGUGGGGCGCGGUGGGUGUCGCGAGCGAGGUCGACGGCCCGCCCGGCUCGGUCAGUCAUUUUUAGUCUCCGGGCAAAAACGCCUUAUACAAAG